UUCUUCAAUAGUCCGUUGCCAGUGGACUGGCGAAGGCCAAGGUCUGAUAUUUUCUUUCGUACAUUUGCACACCGUAUAAAAUAUAUCAUUUCCUAUAUUUUAUAUUUCCGACGAAACUCAACUAUAACAUUUUAUCCGACAGUUUUUUAAAAUUGUUCACAUUUCUCCGCCGUCGUCUCCUUUUUGCCGUGCACACCACAUUCACGCGAGUGCAGUUUUUUGCGGACAAAAAUUAUUAAAUUAAAUUAUACCGAAAUUCGUACUUUGAUCGUUUUUGUUGUGCGCCGUUUUUGCAUCCAGCCGCCAAGCGGUCCAGUCCGCCGCGCCAACCACACCGCCUACACGGAAGCACCGUCUUAUCACGAAGACUUCCGCCGCUUCAAAUGGACAAGGCUAGCAUGAGCGCGCUGUACGCGUGUUUCAUGAUGCUGACGAUGGCGUCAGCCACUUCUUUGCAAGACUGCGAGGCCGACAUGACGGGGUUCGAGUUGGUUACGGGGUACGUGUUCACGGCGCCCGAUGACUUGCUGGACAGCAUACCCGGAACGCUGAUGUUGACCGACUGCCUGGAGGCAUGCCACGCGAACGACACAUGUGAAUCGGUCAACUACGAGACUGGUCUGUGUGUGAUGUUCUCAUCGAACGCCGACGCAUAUCCAGGAGCGUUAAGCAAGUCACAGUUUCCGGUGUUUACAAUAUACGCACAAAAGACAUGUUUGGGUAUAAAGCCAUGUGAACGAGCCUGGUGUUUCGACCGGGUGCAGGGUUACAAGCUCAAAGGGUUUGGCAAGAAAAAGCUAGCCGCAACGUCGAGGCAGGACUGCUUGGAGCUGUGUCUAGGCGAAAGAGAAUUUUCUUGUCGAUCGGCAAACUACAACAACGGUACGGCGGAAUGCGAUAUGUCUGACAUGGACAGGCUCACGGUGGCCGGCCAGGGGGCGUUCGAACCAGCUGCUGGCAUUGACUACUUGGAAAACAACUGCGUGGACGAGCCGGUCAAGCUGUGCGAGUUCAAAAAGUUCCCAGGCCGAAUACUGAAGACCGUCGAUUCCGUGUACCAGGACGUGGGUUCUCUGGAAGACUGUCGGGAACUGUGCCUCAACUCACCGUACAGGUGUCACUCGUACGAUUACGGCGAUACCGGCGAGCUCGUGUGCCGUCUCAGCCAUCAUUCCAGGGCCACGUUGGCAGACAUACAGGACCCCUACUUAGAAGUUCCAGAAGCUUCCACUUAUGAGCUCAACUCUUGUUACAAUAUAAGCAUUGAGUGCCGUUCAGGAGACAUGGUAGCUAGGAUUAAGACCAGCAAAUUAUUCAAUGGCAAGAUAUAUGCGAAAGGAAAUCCAAACUCUUGUGUUCAAGAUGUACGCGGAAGUUUGGACUUCGAACUCGAAAUGGCUUACGACGACGUAGAAUGUAACGUAAAACAACAAGGCCUAGGUAGAUACAUGAAUGACGUAAUUAUCCAACACCACGACACCAUAAUCACCAGUUCCGAUCUUGGUGUGGCCAUCACGUGCCAAUACGACUUGACCAACAAAACAGUUUCAAACGAGGUAGAUCUGGGUAUACAGGGCGAUUUGAAACCAGCCAUGACGGAGGAAGUUAUUGUGGACUCACCGAACGUCGCUAUGAAGAUUACAGACCGACAAGGAGCUGAUGUUAAGCCUUCGGCCGAAGUGGGAGAUCCGCUGGCACUUCGAUUCGAAAUAUUGGACUCGAAUAGCCCGUACGAAAUAUUCGUCAGAGAACUGGUAGCUAUGGAUGGUGUGGAUUCCAGUGAAAUUGUGCUGAUUGACGCUGAUGGAUGUCCGACCGACCACUUUAUCAUGGGCCCACUUUAUAAAUCAUCGGACUCAGGAAGUGGAAAGAUUCUCUUAUCAUACUUCGAUGCGUUUAAAUUCCCGUCAUCCGAAGUGGUCCAAUUCAGAGCCCUGGUCACUCCUUGUAUGCCCACCUGCGAACCCGUUCAGUGUGACCAAGAAGACGCUUCGGGAGAACUCAGAUCCGUACACUCGUUCGGCAAGAGGAGGCGGCGAAGGUCGACCAAGAGUACAUCAGACGCUAGAGACGACAUGCUACUCGUGCAGAGCAUUCAAAUCACCGACAAAUUCGGAUUCGGCGCACAACAGGCAUCGCCGGAAAUGAAUCCCACAGACACGACGGCUUUCAGCAUAAAGCACCACGACUACAACAUCGAUAGUUUAUGCGUUAAUUUGUUCGGUGUUAUAAUAUCGUGCCUAGUGUUUCUGGCCGUCCAAGUUGCCGUGCUAAUAGCGUGGGCGUAUGUUUGGAACAAAAAGAGACACGUCGACAAGUACCAUCAACAGGAUGGACUGUCCGUGAGUAUGAGCAUACCGGUGGGACGGACGGACAGCAUGUGCAAGCUGUACGAUACGGGGUACGCAAAACGAUACUAAGUGAUCGACUUUAAAUGAUCCACAAUGAGAUAGAUUGCCAUGACAGAUUUUUUAACCUAAAUUAGCUAGAUACAAUUAUACAAAUUACGAAUUUGUUAAUCAUAUUGAUAAACAAUCUUUUAAAAGUGACAUCGCGCUCAAAUAGCCUUAACGGUCGGAUAAAUAAAAAGAAAUCUUUAUUAUUUAAAAGACCGUUAAUUUAUAUAAUAGGCUAGGCUGUUCGACUUUAAGUUUAAACGUUUUUAUCUGAUUAUAAUUGUAAUCAAAAAAAAAAAAAAAUUAAAGUUAAUUUUUCGAUCAUUUGUAAGAGAUAUAUAGGUAAUGAAUUAAAGUCUUAUUACUAGAAAUUAUUUUAUGAAUGUAAAAUAAUAUAUAUAAAUAUCAUAAUUCUUAACGAUUAUCCAAUACAAUUUUUUUUGAAAUUAAAGUUAGGAAUGUUUCAAAAAAAAUAUUGAAAUAAUAUACCUAACAAAAAUUGAAUUUUAAUAAAAAAAAAUAGGUUUUAAUCUACCUAAUUAAUGAAUUCAAAUUAUCUCAAUAUUUUAAUUAGGUAGGUACCUACUAAUAAUUACAAUUUUUAUUAUAAACAAAUAAUAAUAAAUAGAAUUAUUUGAAUUUUUUCUAGCAACAUUUCCAAUUCUAAUUAUCCAAUUGAAUGAUUAUAAAACAAUAUACUACAACCGUUUAUCAUUAUAGUAUUCAGAAUACUAUAAGUUCGCAAUUCUAUACAUUUAUAUAUUAUUCGAAGAUUUUACUUAAAAAUCAAUAAUACAGUUUAGCCAACAAAUUUAAUUUAUUUUAGAAUUAAUUAAUAUGUAAGUAUUUAUUGGGCUGAAACGUAGACGAUUUUUCCUACGAUGAACAUAUGUAAGUUUGAAAUCAUUCAAACAAAAUUUAUAUAAAACUCAAAAUUGUUGGAGUCUUGUCUACGUUUCUCAAAGCUAAAUUAUGACAACUUUCCCUAUCUUGUGGCAUAAAAUGUAUUCAAUAGCUUAUAUUUAUAAUUCAUCUUUCAUAUUUUUACCAUAUAUGAAUAAAUUAACCAAUAACCAUAGUGAUAAUUAACCAAGAAAAGGGAAUAUUAAGUCAGAGAUGAGUACUAAUAUUAAGUACUACACAUAAGUAGUACUUUUGAGAUGUAACUACUCAUUUAUAAAUUAAGAUUAUUUUUUUACUUAAAACAUUAUUAAAAUAAUAUAUAUAUUUAUAUAUAAAUAUUAUAUAAUAUAGUCUAAUAUAGUCUUCUAAUUAUUAAUUAUAAUUAUAAUAUUUAUUGAUAGUAGUUUUAAGUAAUAUUUGUAUGGUAAUUAAAAAUAAUGUAAAAUUAAAUUUAAAAAAAUUGAACAAACA